AUGUUGGUCCCCAAGUCGAACCGCAUUGCGGUGUACUCGUACCUGUUCAAGGAAGGUGUGAUGGUCGCCAAGAAGGACUUUGCUCUGCCCAAGCACGAGGCCGUGGAGGUGCCUAACCUUCAAGUGAUCAAGCUCAUGCAGUCGCUCAAGUCCCGUGGCUACGUGAAGGAGACGUUCAACUGGCAGUGGUUCUACUGGUACCUCACCAACGAGGGAAUCGAGUACCUCCGCUCGUACUUGCACUUGCCUGCGGAGAUUGUGCCUGCUACGCUCAAGAAGCAGGCGGCACGUCUGACGCACCCGCAGGGUCCGUCUUCCGGCGGCUUUGGCCGUGGAAACCGCUUUGACAAGGAGAAGGGUGUGGGUCCGUCGGGUGACUUCAACCCGGAGUUCCGCCGUGGUGGCCAAGAUGGACCUCGUCGCGGUGGCCAGGACGGCUACCGUCGUGAGGCUUCUAACUAA